AUGUACACAAUAUUGGACGGUAAAUUUGUGAACGAUCGGAGCUUUCAAAACAAGUCGAUGAACAGAGCUCUAGUGGGAUACAGACCGUAUGUUCUUGAGACCGGAGAUUUGAAACUAGAAAAACCAAAUAUCUAUCAACGUAUAGUUGAUGUACCAAAUGAAGAUUUCUGCAUCGAUUACGUCAUCACAAAGAAAGGAACCCUCUCGAAAGAUGCACAAGUGUUUGUAGUUGUCGAGGCUGAAGGCAAGAGUGUAAUAGAAGUGAAUGAGAACACUACUUAUUUAGCUGUCGCUCGAUGGAUCUCGUGUGUGUUCCUGUUAUUAGUAUUUGUGGUUUACAUUUUGCUGCCAGAACUUCGGAACCUGGGUGGUCUGAUAUUAAUGAAUUAUGUGGCUAGCCUGUUCAUAGCCUUCUUGUUACUCGCUGUCAUCCAGUUAGAUGUAUACCAUACUGGUACCUGCAUUGGCUUGACAUGUGCUAUUUACUACUUCUUCUUGGCUACCUUCUGCUGGAUGAGUGUCAUGUCUUACGACAUUUGGUGGACUUUCAGAGGUUAUGCCAAGGCUCGUCCUAUCCACCGUCGUGGGGAACGCUUCAAGCUCCAAAUGUACUGUUUAUGCGCAUAUGGCCUUCCACUCCUCCUCACUAUCUUCCUUUACGUUGUCAUAGUGACUAACAUGCAGCAUAUACCCUGGUUUAUCACGCCUCAUUUGCUGGAUACAGGAUGCUUCCUUGAAGGUGAAGCGAAGAUGCUGUACCUGUAUACACCAAUGCUGAUUUUGAUCAUUUGCAACUGGUUGUUCUACCUGAUGACGGCGUUUAAUGUGUGGCGGUUAAGUCGCGGGACGGCUGUACUGGAUACUGCUGCAGCUGGAUCUCCUGCUGCUCACCGCUGUCAGAUGCGCAGGUUCAUGGUGUAUUUGAAGUUGUCUGUAGUGAUGGGGCUGAGCUGGUUGCUAGAAAUCAUCAGUUUCAUUCACCCAAGGUACGGCAUGUGGUACCUAUCUGACACAUACAAUAUGCUCCUCGGAUUGGUCAUAUUCGUCAUAUUUGUGUGCAAGAAGAAAAUUUACAAGAAGCUUUACAAACGGUGCAGGAUGAAGCCAACAAGAAGCUUCCACCAAGGUUCUUCGAAUAGUUACUUCAGUAAUAGUUCAGAUUCAGGUCCAGAAACCGUCACCCUUCAAGUGUGUGGCAAUCCAAAAGGACAAAAUGGUUUUUCUAACAGCAAGUGA